AAUCACACAGAGAGAGAGAGAGAGAGACGAUACAAGGGAGCUUCGGAGGAGAAAGUGGUUUCCAGGUUUCCGCCCCCUUUCUUUUUAUCGAGUUUCUUAUUUCAUCACUUAGGGCCAAAUACACACACAUAUAUACAUAUAUAUAUAUAUAGUUGGUGCCCCAAAAAAGGAAAACAAUAAUUUUUUUCCCGUCAUUCGAUCUCGAGUUUCUACUACGCCAUACAGAGCGAGAAACCCCAUUUCCUAGAAAAAUUUCCUCGAGGCUCAGGGGAAAAAACUGCGGAUUUGAGAAGAGAUGAUCGGAGUUGGGAAGAUGAAGCAGUAUUCCAACGUUCUCGACAAGCCCCUCGGCAAAGGCAAACAAGAGGUGAGCUUGAGUGCAUUUGCUUUCUUAUUCUCGGAGCUUGUUCAGUACAACCAGACGCAGGUCGACAAUAUUGCCGAACUGGAAAGAAGACUUGAGGAUGCCGGGUAUGCAGUUGGAGCUCGAGUUCUAGAACUUCUUUGCCACAGGGAGAAGGGAAACCGAAGGGAGACAAGAUUGCUUGGAAUUCUGUCUUUCGUCCAUAGUACAGUGUGGAAGGUGUUGUUUGGAAAGGUUGCUGACUCGCUUGAAAAAGGGACAGAACAUGAAGAUGAGUACAUGAUCAGUGAGAAGGAGCUUCUCGUGAACAGGUUCAUUUCAAUUCCAAAAGAUAUGGGAACAUUCAACUCUGGGGCGUUUGCUGCCGGGAUAGUCAAGGGAGUUCUGGAGGGUGCAGGGUUUCCUGCUGUUGUAACGGCUCAUUUUGUUCCCAUUGAAGGACAACAACGUCCUCGGACCACCAUUUUGAUUAAGUUUUCUGAAGAGGUGCUGAAACGAGAGGCGAGGCUAGGCUAGGCUGACUUGACGCCAAACUCUAUUUCCCUUUGUGUUCUUUGGUGAGAUGGCCAUGGACAUGGACAUAGACAUAGACCGAGCUUUUGUCACGUAAAUAUACAAUGAGAAGUGAUGAUUUGUUGUAUGAAGUGUUUUGCCAAAUCUGAUAUAGACGUGGCUGUACAUUCAUGUAAAGUAGAAGCCUUUUGCGAGUUUUAUGAUUGAGGAUUACAAGAGCUUAUUGCACAAUGUAACAGUUUUGUCAGCACAGUGGGUUGGUUUUUUUA